AUGCCGAAACUAAACUUCUCAAAGUUAAAAAGCUCCCCAAACGGUGCUGAUUCUGGAAGUUCAUCUGGUAAAAAACAAGUGUCACUUUCUCGAUUCUUCUCGCCUGCGAAACCUCGGCAACAAAAAGUAGCCACUGAUGAUGCCGCGGCAGCUUCGUCGAGAAGAGCCAGUGGUGGUGGGCGUGGCACGGGCCCGACGGUGGGGCCGGAUGACAGCGGUCGUAGAAAUGAAGCAGAGAGGAGUGGACCUCUUGAGGUGAUCAUCAUUAAACUGAAACGUCUCAUCUCACCGGGGGAAACCGGAAAAGAAAGUUUCAAGAGACAGAAAAUUCAAGAUGAAUCAUCAUGUCAGCUAUCUAGCGAUACACUUAAACAUCUCAAGCACUUCCAGUCACCAAUGCACGCUUCAACAUCAACCACAAAGGUGUCAUCGAAGAAGACGACUGAUAAAAGUGGUGGGGCUAGCAAAAAAACUCUGUCACAUACAGCCCCAAGCCCUACCUCAGAACGGGGAAAGAGAAGUCGGCACAACUCUGACCAAAAAACCACAAGGCCUCCACCGAAACGAAGUUCUUCAAAAGGUUACGACAAGCAUGAUGUUGAAGAAGAGUUUGAAACUGAAAGUAUUCCUUCAACGUCAAAAGCUAGCCGCAGCAGCACGACCCAGAAAACAACAAAGGUUCGACCGUUUCAGAAGGAGAAGUUUCAAUCCAAACCGGACAAACAGAAUGCAUCUAGCUCUGGGAGAGCUGAAGUCUCGUCCAAGUUGUCGUCAACCAGACCGGUCAGUGUGAAAUACACACCACUGGAGCUGCAGUUUAUUGAGAUUAAGAGGCAGCACCCAGACACGCUGCUCUUUGUGGAGUGUGGGUACCGGUACAGAUUCUUUGGUGAAGAUGCUGAGAUUGCUGCCAAAGAGCUGAACAUCUUCUGCCAUCUGGACCAUAACUUCAUGGUAGCAAGCAUCCCUGUGUACCGUCUCUUUGUCCACACCCGACGGCUGGUUUCUAAGGGUCACAAAGUGGGUGUGGUCAAGCAGACCGAGACCGCAGCUCUGAAGGCUGCUGGGGAGAAUAAGGGCGCGCCCUUUGAAAGGAAACUAACUGCGCUGUAUACAAAGUCUACGCUGAUUGGGGAAGAUGUGGACCCUGUCAGUGGCGAUCCCGAAUGUGAGAUGUCGUCGGCCAUUGCUCCUACCAACUACCUGUUGUGCUUCAGUGAGUUCACAAAACCUGGAAAAGCAAAAGUCAAAAAGGACCAGUUGGAAUUCGGAUUAGUGGCCAUCCAACCAGCCACUGGUGACAUCAUCUACGACAGUUUCCAUGACAACAGUCACCUUAGUGAGUUAGAUACUCGCCUUCAGCAUAUCCAACCGGUGGAGCUCCUUCUCCCUAGCCUUAUGUCCGAUAAGACGGAGAAAUUUAUACGAGACAUGGUCUCUAGCAGCACAACUGAUGAUGACCGCAUCCGCAUUGAGAGGAUGGAGAAUGGGCACUUUGAAUACACACAAGCUCUGGAGAUCAUCUCGGCGUUCUACGGUGAAGGGGAUGUGGCAUCAGGAUCCAAAGAGAAGGCAGCUUCAGGAAAAUUGAAUCAAGGGAGGAGACUACAAGAGAUGAUCAACCUACCUGUACCAGUUAUCUGCUGUCUGGCAGCUCUACUGGCCUACCUGAAGGAGUUCCAGCUUCAUCGUGUACUCAAGAUGGCCAGCAAUCUGGUGUCCUUCUCGGCAAGAUCAAAGUUCAUGAAGCUUGAUGCGUAUGCUCUCCGUAAUCUAGAGAUCUUCAAGAACCAGACUGAUGGCUCAGUGAAGGGUAGUCUCCUCUGGGUGCUAAACCACACAAAGACCAGAUUUGGAGGCAGACUCCUGAGAAAAUGGUUAGCUACACCGCUGAUGUCACUAGGUGAUAUUCAGACCCGUCAGGACGCUGUCAAGGAACUGAUAGAGUCGGACUGUGAGGCAUUGACCCAAGCUAAAGAUCUCCUGGCUCGUCUACCCGACCUGGAGAAAGGCAUCUGUAGUAUUUACCAUAAGAAAUGCUCCUCAGCCGAGUUCUACACUGUAGUCAAGUCACUGAGUAAGCUAGCCCACACCCUGGGAUCUCUACAGCAACUGGCUGAAGAUCAAAUCAAGUCUGAACUUCUCAAGACCAUCCUCAGUGAGACCCCAUCACUCCUUGAAGAUGUUCACGUCUUCUUUCAAGCUAUCAAUGAGAAGGCUGCGAAGGAGGGCAACAAAACCAGUUUAUUCUGUGACACAUCAACAUACCCUGGGGUGGUACGCUGCGAGUCUGACAUCACUAAGGUGCUGGGGCAGAUUCACGAUCACCGCAAGGAAAUCAGACGCAUCUUAAGGAAACCAACCCUGGAAUAUGUGACAGUGUCUGGAUUGGAGUUUCUUAUAGAAGUCAAGAACAGCCUUCUAAAAGAAGCACCGAAUGACUGGACAAAAAUCAGCUCCACCAAGCAAGUGACUCGGUUUCACAGUCCAUUCAUCGUGAAAUCCUUCAGGAAGCUUUCCCAGCUAAGAGAGCAACUUACCAUCGAAUGUCAAAAAGCGUGGCUACAAUUCCUGGAUUCAUUUGGUGAGCGUUAUCUUGCGUAUCGGAAAGCAGUCCAGCAUCUAGCCGCAUUAGAUUGUCUCUUUUCAUUGGCUGAACUUGGGAGACAAGAUGGUUAUUGUAGACCUAUCUUUUGCGAGAAUGGCCUCUCUCAAGUUCACAUAGAGGGCGGCAGACAUCCGGUUGUCAGCACAUUGCUAGGUGAACAGGAGCAGUAUGUGCCUAAUGGUACUCACAUGGAGGGUGUAGGAGAACGUUGCAUGAUCAUCACUGGUCCCAAUAUGGGUGGUAAGAGUAGUUACAUCAGACAGGUUGCACUGAUUACCAUUAUGGCUCAACUAGGAAGCUGGGUACCAGCGGAGUCUGCUAAGCUUGGGGUCUUGGAUGCCAUUUACACAAGGAUGGGAGCAUCAGACAACAUUAUCCAGAAGCGAAGUACAUUCAUGACGGAGUUACAAGAAGCCUCUGAUAUCCUGAGUCAGGCUACAGAUCGUAGUCUCGUCAUCUUAGACGAGCUGGGCCGAGGGACGAGCACCCAUGACGGAGUAGCGAUUGCAUUUGCUACGGCAAAAUAUUUCAUUCAAGAGGUGAAGCCCCUGCUGCUCUUUGUAACACACUACCCAUCAUUGUCGGAACUACAGAGGCUGUUUCCAGACCAUGUGGCCAAUUAUCACAUGGCGUUCCUACUUCACGAGAACAAAAAAGAAAAGGACCAGCCUUCUGCACUAGAUGUCAUUACUUUCUUGUAUCAACUGGUACCCGGCGUUGCAGCUAGAAGCUAUGGGCUCAACGUUGCUAGACUAGCCGCGGUACAGGAUGACAUCAUCAAAGUAGCUGCCACCAAGUCUCGGGAGCUCGAGAAGAUUGUCAUGGCAACAAGAGCAAACAAAUUGUCUCUAAAGAAACUGUGGGGGAACUCGCCAAAGCGAAUCAAGGCAGCCAUUGGCGACGUCGAGAUGUCCCGUUAGUUCUACACAGUGGGCGCCAAGCACUGUCAAUCCAGCCCCAGACAUCAGGCAGUCAUUUAAGGUGAACAUGGUGAAGGUGUCCCAAGAUACAAUGCAUCUUGCAGUUUGUGGUUAUUUACUUGUGAAGGUUCCAAGAACUAAUGAUUUCGGUCAAGGACUGUUCACAUUGUUGUGUUUGAAUCGGGGUCUAUAGAAGUUGAAGCCACAGAAUGCUGGUUGCUUCUAUGGGUGCGUUCGUUUAGCUUCCCUGGGUCUACCCCGCAGUGCUCACCCUGGCAAGAGCUAAUCGAACGAUC